AUGUGCCAGUGUCUGCAGAAACUUGGUUUUUGCACUGGGGUGGCGGUGCUACUGAACACCCCACAUGAACAGGGGGACCCCUACUCGAAAGACUCCCCCCAGUGUCAGCAGUCCUGCCGAGGCGUUCCCAAGUGUCCCCCAGCUCCGUCCGCCCACUGCAGUGCCGCAGUGGGUCACCAGGGGGCAGGCCUGAGUCCCAGAUGGCCACCUUCCCUUGGGCCUGAACCACCGCCACGCCGGUACCCGCUGUACCAGCUGGGCGGCCCCCAGCUGCGUGUGUUCCGCACCAACUUCUUCAUCCAGCUGGUGCAGCCCGGCAUGGCGCAGCCCGAGGACACCGUGCAGUUCCGGAUCCCCCUGGAGAUGACCAGGGUGGACCUCAGGAACUACCUGGAGAGAAUCUACCAGGUGCCGGUGGCAGCCGUGCGGACGCGGGUGCAGCACGGUUCCGGCAGGAGGCGGGACCACAGACAGGUGAGGGUGAAAAAGCCAGAUUACAAGGUGGCCUACGUGCAGUUGGCCCACGGACAGACCUUCAGGUUCCCCAACCUGUUUCCGGAGAAGGAGCAGAGCCCUGAGCGCAGUGCCCACCUGGACCUGCAGGACCAGCUCGUGGAGCAGCAGCGGCAGAGCAGCGACCCCCGGCGUGGCAGCGUCCCUGCCUGGUUCAGCCUGUGACCGGGACCCUGACCUGCCCGGCACGUGGGUGGCCCCAAUAAAAGUCCCC